AUGAAAGCAGUUAUCAUCACCCAGCCAAAGACCGAAGGCCUUGUCGCCGACAGACCCCUCCCCAAGCUCCGCGAUGACUACAUGCUCGUCAAGACCGUCAGUGUCGGCCUGAACCCCACGGACUGGAAGCACGUUGCUUACCUCUCGCCCCCGGGUGUCCUCGUCGGAUGCGACUACUCCGGUAUUGUCGAGGCUGUCGGCAAGGACGUUAAGAAGCAAUUUGCGAAGGGUGAUCGUGUGUGUGGAUUCGCGCACGGCGCAAACGCAGUGCAGCCAGAAGAUGGCACUUUCGCCGAAUACAUCGUUGUCAAGGGUGACGUGCAAUGGAAGAUCCCUGAGAGCAUGAGCUUCCAGGAAGCCGCCACUCUCGGAGUUGGCAUCAGCACCGUCGGACAGGGUCUGUACCAGAGUCUGAAGCUUGCGCUUCCCACCGAGCCAAUUAAGGAUGCAACUCCAAUUUUGAUUUACGGUGGCUCCACCGCGACUGGUACAUUGGCUAUUCAGUUUGCCAAGUUGUCUGGCUACAAGGUUGUGACGACUUGUUCGCCUCGGAACUUCGAGUUGGUCCGCAGCCUUGGCGCUGACGAGGUAUUCGACUACAAUGACCCCGAGGCUCCGGCCAAGAUUCGCAAGACUACCGACAACAAAUUGAAGUACGUCUUUGAUUGUAUUUCGCUUGAGUCUAGUGCUGCCUUCUGCGACAACGCUCUUUCCACCGAGGGCGGCGAGUACAGCGCCCUCCUGAGCGUUAAGAUCCAGCGUGCCAAUGUCAACGAUCGUUUCACCCUUGCUUACACCACUAUUGGAGAGGCGUUCUCUUUCGGUGACAUUCCCUUCCCCGCCAAGCCUGAAGACAAGGCUUUCACUGAGAAGUGGGUCCCCAUUGCAGAGGGCUUGCUUGCUGAAGGAAAGAUUAAGGUUCACCCGCCCAAGGUUGGCCAGAAUGGUCUGGCGGGUGUUAUUGACGGCCUCAAGCUACUGAAGGAGGACAAGGUCAGCGGCGAGAAGCUUGUCUACAAUGUGUCUGAGACCCCAUGA